AAGUGUAAGGAGUGUUGAUGCAGGAGAUGAUGGACAAGAUGUCAUCGCUGCUGCAGGCAGAGCCAGAGUGCGGGAACCGAGGGGAGUCAGGCGGUGCUGAAAGAGGCGCCGCACCAGGCGGUGGGAUUAUCGAAAUCUCGCGCCAGGCAGCUAGCUGCCUAUCCCAGCUGCACGCUACGGUGGGCGUUGGAAGAUAUGACGCCGCUGGAGGAGGGAGCAGGCAGGGAAGGUGAAGCAGUGCGGGCGUUUGACGUCCCUGCAAAUGGUGGACUUGGUGGAUUCCAGAACAUUCUUUCUCUGUGCGGUUGGCAGCUCUACAGUAGAGGCGCUGCUGGGGGUGGCUUGACUGCCCCGGGCACACGGGACGAGGUUUCAGUAGGCGGAGCCUGGAGGGUUAUUAUCCGGGGCCACGGACAUGAGCGACCUGUUGGGACAGGCCCAACGGUAUGGCAACAGAGGGGCGGCGGCGUCAGCAGAGUAGCGGGGGGCACAACACACGAGCCUGUCGAUCGCGGAAAACGCACUCGCUUCGAGAGAGCUGGAGAGUUGCAUUCAUGGCGAUUCUGGUGAAGGUGGAAUUGCCGCGGAGGAGCAAGGACGAGACCGCGCAAAACUGCUGUGCUUUGGAACGAGUGCAAAUCACAGCGCGGCGUUGCCGCGGGGGCUCGUUUCUGGUUAUGAUUCGUGAGUGAUAUGGAUUUUUGCUUUUGACGCAUGAUACCCAAAGUUUUCUACAGGGGACUCAUGGUGAAGUCGUUUCAAUUUUCGGGUUUGGUGUUCGUAGAGUGAUGCUAGCUUCGCUUACGAUGAUACCACCGAUGGUAUUUUCGAAAAGGAUUCAGGAUUCAUGCGUUUGCAUUCUUUCACUUUUCUUGAGCGAUGGUAGUUUGUCUUCGUUCGAUGGCAAACCCAGGCGUGUAAUGGCCGGUGUUUCGUGCAACGAUCGUAGCUCGGCUCCAAAACCAGCCACUCUGUCAUGGGGAUUCGCGAUACAAGCGCUUGAAUUUCAUGGUAUCCGCGGGCGAUGAAAAGUUUGUCUGAGGCAGAAAAUGGGGUACGCGGGACCAGG